UGCAUCAUUCUUGAGAAAUACUUCCAUUGAGAUUGGCGAAAUCGUCGUGUGGGAUAGAAAAGGCAAAAAAAAGAGAGAGAGAGAGAGAGAAAUAAACAAUUUUUUUUUCCAGAAAAGGGAAUCCAAAAAUGCAUUUCAAGACCGUUUUUUCGUCGUUGAGAUUUGAUCCUAUCCCUUCACUCCCUUGUUCUUGGAUCUUUGUAUCUUCUUGCAAUCCCAAUCUUUCCCUAAAACACUUUUUAUUUUAUAAAAAAAUUCGCCAUUGAUUCUUGAAGCGCUUCGAAUUCUGUUGGAGCAAAAAGAUCCUUUUUUGAGCCUCCCCAACGAUAAUUUGCAUCAAAUCCAAUUCUGGGUCGGUUUCAAUUUCUCCAAAAGAUUCAUUCACUUUGUUGCAUUGUUUGUGCCCGAGGUUUUAAGGUUCGAUGAAGCGGCAAUGAGGUGUGUGGCUGAGAAAUGGAGGUUAGAUCAGAGGGUAUACAAGUGAGGUGUGAUAAACUUCAGAGUUCUGUGAUUCCUAGGACACGUUUGAGGGUUUGGUUCAUUCGUGUGUGCUCAAGCAUUGUGGUGUGGACGUGUCUAGUUCAGUUAAUGACAGUGAGUGAACUAUGGCAUUCACAUUUAAUUUCGGGAAUUACUAAUGGUAUAUAUCACAUAGCCCAAGUUCAGCUUCCAAUACAAGGGGACAAUGGGGUUGCUCAAUCGCCUCCUGUUGUUCUUCCUCCAAGAAAUUAUACAAGUAAUGGUUUUCUUAGAGUUUCCUGCAAUGGGGGCUUGAAUCAAAUGCGUGCUGCGAUUUGUGAUAUGGUAACAGUUGCUCGGUUUUUGAAUCUCACAUUGGUUGUUCCAGAGCUUGAUAAGACAUCAUUCUGGGCAGACCCUAGCAAUUUUGAGGACAUUUUUGAUGUGAAGCAUUUCAUUGAUUCUUUAAGAGAUGAAGUUCGGAUAGUGAAAAGAGUGCCCAAAAAGUUCAGUAGCAAACAUGGAUUCUCUACCUUGGAGAUGCCUCCUGUUAGCUGGUCAAAUGAAAAAUAUUACUUGGAGCAGAUUUUACCCCUUUUUGAAAAACAUAAGGUGUUACACUUUAACAAAACUGAUACCCGUCUAGCAAACAAUGGUCUUCCACUUGAUUUACAGAAACUCAGGUGUCGUGUCAAUUACCAGGCACUUAAAUUCACUCCUCAAAUUGAGAAUUUGGGGCACAAAUUGAUUCAGAUGCUUCAUGAGAAGGGAUCUUUUGUGGCAUUGCAUCUGAGAUAUGAGAUGGACAUGUUGGCUUUCUCAGGUUGUACUUGCGGUUGCACUGAUAAAGAAGCUGAAGAGCUCAAGCAGCUGAGAUAUGCUUUCCCUUGGUGGAGAGAAAAGGAGAUAGUUUCUGAUGAGAGGAGAUCACAGGGUCUAUGUCCUUUGACACCAGAGGAGGCAGCCUUAGUUCUGCGAGCCUUAGGUUUUGGUAGGGAGACACAGAUCUAUAUUGCAGCUGGUGAGAUUUAUGGUGGUGAACGUAGACUUGCACAAUUAAGAGCUUCAUUUCCACAAAUUGUGAAAAAGGACACAUUGCUAACUUGGGAUGAUUUGCGGCAGUUCCAGAAUCAUUCAUCACAGAUGGCAGCCUUGGAUUUUAUGGUUUCAGAAGCCAGUAACACAUUUGUUCCUACCUAUGAUGGGAACAUGGCAAAACUAGUGGAAGGUCAUCGUAGGUAUUCUGGUUUUAAAAGGACCAUCUUAUUGGAUCGAAAAAAGGUGGUAGAAUUGGUUGAUAUGCAUCAGAAUGGAACCCUUUCAUGGAUUGAGUUUGCAGAUGCUGUAAGACGGGUUCACGAGACGAGAAUUGCUCAGCCAACUCGGCGAAGAGUUAUAUUAGAUAAGCCAAAGGAGGAGGACUAUUUCUAUGCCAACCCUCAUGAGUGCCUGUGUGAGGAAAAUAACUGUGAUGACUUGCUAGGUCCUCACAACUCUAGUCAGGUAUCAUCAUGAGUUAGGAAAUGGAAUCCAAAAUAUGCACUGAUUCCACUAACUUGCUUUGUUAAGAAUCAAGAUUACUGCCCAAAGAUCAGAGAUUACAAGAAUUUUGAAGGAAACCAGGGAAAGGAAAGCAAAAGAGUAAAAAAAAAAACAAGAAAAAUGAGAGGAAAUAUUAGCUUAUGUUGAGGCUAGCAAAAGAUGCCCCUUCAUUUGUUAUAUCUUCAUUAGAUUUUUUUUUUCAUCCGCCUCUUGAAAGUUUCAUUCAAUGAAUAUUUGACAAUUCAAAUUUAGUAUACAUAGUGAAGAAAAAAAAAAAAAAAGAGGAUAAAAAGAGAAUGAGCAACCCAUUAUCGUAUCCUAAUCCUAAGGAUGAUUUUAAUGAAUUGACAUAUUAUGCUUUUAAUGAUUUGGUGUAUUGAUAAUUUUGAAAUACAUCAGAAUUUCAUACCCUUAAGCCAUUUCUGUUGGCUAAGUCAUGGGAAAUGAAUUGUAAGUUCGAAAAUUUGAUUGUUCUC